AUGGCGCUGGCGUCGAGAACAACCCGCCAGGCUCUGAAGCUGAAUCAAACGUCGCGAUUCGCGACUAGAUAUGCGCGCCAGUAUUCGACUGCGGAGAAGGAUCUGAAGACCACCCUCAAGGAGGUCAUCCCCGAAAAACGCGAGCUUCUGAAAAAGGUCAAGGCCCAGGACGAUGUGAUCGGUGAUGUCAAAGUCUCCAAUGUCAUUGGAGGAAUGCGUGGUCUGAAGGCGUUGGUCUGGGAGGGAUCAGUGCUGGACCCGAACGAGGGCAUCCGCUUCCAUGGCAAGACGAUCAAGGACUGCCAGAAGGAACUCCCCAAGGGAACAUCCGGCACGGAGAUGCUGCCAGAGGCUAUGUUCUGGCUUCUGCUGACUGGUCAGGUUCCUUCAACCAGCCAGGUGCGCGCCUUCUCGCGUGAGCUGGCCGAGAAGUCUCAUCUUCCCCAGCACAUCCUAGAUCUGAUCAAGUCGUUUCCCAAGCACAUGCACCCAAUGACCCAGCUCUCCAUCGCUGUUGGGGCGCUUAACACAGAAUCCCAGUUCGCAAAGGCAUACGAGCAGGGCCUGAACAAGGCCGAUUACUGGGAGCCUACUUUCGAAGACAGCAUCUCUCUACUUGCCAAGAUCCCUCGUGUGGCGGCUCUGGUUUUCCGUUCGAAUGAGAUUGACCAGGUUGGAAACCAGAAGUUGGAUGCCGCUCAGGACUGGUCCUACAACUUCGCAGAACUCCUUGGCAAGGGUGGCAAAGAGAACGAGGACUUCCAUGACUUGCUGAGACUCUACCUUGCUCUGCAUGGAGACCACGAGGGUGGAAACGUUUCGGCUCACACUACUCACCUUGUCGGUAGCGCCCUCAGCGACCCGUUCCUGAGCUACAGUGCUGGAUUGCUGGGUCUCGCCGGCCCGCUACACGGUCUUGCGGCCCAGGAAGUCCUUCGCUGGAUCCUGGCCAUGCAGGAGGAGAUCGGCACCAAGUUCAGCGACGAGGACGUCCGAGACUACCUGUGGAAGACCCUGAAGUCGGGGCGUGUUGUCCCUGGCUAUGGACACGGAGUCCUGCGCAAGCCUGACCCUCGUUUCCAGGCCCUGAUGGACUUUGCUGCCACUCGACAGGACGUCCUGGCCAACCCAGUCUUCCAGCUGGUCAAGAAGAACUCUGAGAUCGCUCCUGGUGUUCUGACUGAGCACGGAAAGACUAAGAACCCUCACCCGAAUGUCGACGCUGCAUCCGGCGUGCUGUUCUACCACUACGGUUUCCAGAAGCCCCUCUACUACACUGUCACGUUCGGAGUCAGCCGUGCUCUUGGACCUCUUGCACAGCUCAUCUGGGAUCGGGCUCUGGGUCUACCCAUCGAGAGACCCAAGUCUAUCAACCUGCAGGGUCUGCUGCAGAAAUAAUACAGCCACCUCCAUCUUGACGUGACGAGAGCUUCAAAAUUGUGUGAUUUUCUUUAUUCCCCAUAUGUAGAUCUGUCCAAGGAGUGUUAGUUUCAUUCCUUCUGAACGUGCUGCUUCUCGAAACGUAUCAUUGACGAGUGAUUGUGGAACGUGUUGUACACUGGCCAGUUUGAAUUUCACUUAUCAGAAUAGACACUAGAAUCAUUUAAAACUUGAAUGCCUAUAACUAUUUAUGCCGCCC